AGAAGGGAGCGUAGGAGGCUGAAAGGAGGGAGACACGGGAGCAGCGGCGGCAGUGGGGUUUGUACACAGGUCCCAAGGCAAAGGCGCUUCCGAGCUGGUCCCUGUAGGGUUCUGCGCACUGAGCUAGGCUUGGGGGGAGGGGGGGGGUCUCCUCUUUCCUUUCUUGCCCUUUUCUUUCUUUUACCAGAGCCUGCUGAGGGUUGAGUCCUGCCUAGGGUAGGGAUAUCCGCAGUGGGGCUGUUGCAUUGUUUUGGUUGGGAUAGAGAAGGGGCUCAGCUGAGGGGUUCUGCUGCCUGGCCUGUGACAAUUACAGGGUUUGUGGAUGCACUUAGAUGUUUGCAAUGAGCACUGUGGCUGGCAUGCCCCAGUGUUUUGGAUACCAAUGCAUAGGACUCCGUAGUAAUCGAAUUUAUCAGAAACGAACGUCAUGAGCAUAGUGAUCCCAUUGGGGGUUGACACAGCAGAUACUUCUUAUUUGGAAAUGGCUGCAGGCUCAGAACCAGAAUCUGUAGAAGCUAGCCCUGUGGUAGUUGAAAAAUCGAACAGUUAUCCGCACCAGUUGUAUACUAGCAGCUCGCAUUCACACAGUUACAUUGGUUUGCCCUAUGCAGACCAUAACUAUGGUGCUCGGCCUCCUCCAACGCCUCCAGCUUCUCCUCCUCCAUCAGUACUUAUAAGCAAGAAUGAAGUAGGCAUAUUUACCACUCCCAACUUUGAUGAAACCUCCAGUGCUACUACCAUCAGUACAUCAGAGGAUGGAAGCUAUGGAACUGAUAUUACCAGAUGCAUUUGUGGCUUUACACAUGAUGAUGGAUAUAUGAUCUGUUGUGAUAAAUGCAGUGUCUGGCAGCACAUUGACUGUAUGGGGAUUGACAGGCAGCAUAUUCCUGACAUAUAUCUGUGUGAACGUUGUCAACCAAGGAGUUUAGAUAAAGAAAGGGCAGUGCUGUUGCAACGAAGGAAAAGGGAAAAUAUGUCAGAUGGGGAUACUAGCGCAACAGAGAGUGGUGAUGAGGUUCCUGUGGAAUUGUAUACAGCUUUUCAACACACACCGACUACAAUUACUUUAACUGCUACAAGAGUUACAAAAGUCAAUGAUAAGAAAAGAAAAAAAAGUGGAGAGAAAGAACAGAACAUAGCAAAAUGUAAAAAAGCAUUUCGAGAAGGAUCCAGGAAAUCGUCACGAGUAAAGGGCUCAGCUCCAGAGAUUGAUCCUACUGACAGUUCAAACUUUGGAUGGGAAACUAAAAUCAAGGCAUGGAUGGAUCGUUAUGAAGAAGCAAAUAAUAACCAGUACAGCGAGGGUGUCCAGAGGGAGGCACAAAAAAUAGCUCUGAGAUUAGGCAAUGGAAAUGACAAAAAAGAAGUCAGCACCAGCAAUCUGAUUUUCAAACCUCCAGUAGAGAGUUAUGUGCAAAAAAACAAGAAAAUUUUAAAAGCUGCCAAAGACUUGCCUCCUGAUGCACUUAUUAUUGAAUACAGAGGAAAGUUCAUGCUGAGAGAACAAUUUGAAGCUAAUGGAUAUUUCUUUAAAAGACCAUACCCAUUUGUUUUGUUUUAUUCCAAAUUCCAUGGGCUAGAAAUGUGUGUUGAUGCAAGGACUUUUGGAAAUGAAGCUCGAUUCAUCAGGCGUUCGUGUACACCAAAUGCAGAGGUGAGGCAUGUAAUUGAAGAUGGAACAAUUCAUCUUUAUAUUUACUCCAUCCAUAACAUUCCAAAGGGAACAGAGAUUACUAUAGCAUUUGAUUUUGAUUAUGGAAAUUGUAAAUACAAAGUGGAUUGUGCUUGCCUCAAAGAAAACCCUGAAUGUCCAGUUCUCAGGCGUUCUGAGCCUACAGAAAACAUCAAUACUGGAUACGAAACCAGAAGGAAAAAAGGAAAGAAAGAGAAAGAUGUUUCAAGAGAAAAGGAGACUCAAAAUCAGAACAUCACAUUGGACUGUGAAGGAGCAGCCCCCAAAAUGAAAAUCGCAGAUAAUAAACAGAGGAAGCUCUCUCCCCUCAGGCUGUCCAUUUCUAAUAAUCAGGAGCCAGAUUUUAUUGAUGAUAUAGAAGAAAAAACUCCCAUUAGCAAUGAAGUAGAAAUGGAGUCGGAGGAGCAGAUUGCAGAAAGGAAAAGGAAGAUGACAAGAGAAGAACGGAAAAUGGAAGCUAUUCUGCAAGCUUUUGCCAGACUAGAAAAAAGAGAAAAAAGAAGAGAACAGGCUUUGGAAAGAAUCAGCACAGCAAAAACUGAGGUUAAAUCAGAAUGCAAGGAAGCACAGAUUCUCAAUGACGCUGAAUUUAUUCAGGAACCAGCAAAAGAAGAAACUGCCACCAAGCCUACCCCAGCCAAAGUUAAUAGAGCUAAACAGAGAAAAAGCUUCUCACGGAGUAGAACUCACAUUGGACAACAACGUAGACGACACAGAACUGUCAGCAUGUGUUCAGAUAUCCAGCCAUCUUCUCCUGAUGUGGAAGUAACUUCACAACAUAAUGAAACUGAGAAUGCUGCACUAGUAGCUGAGCCUGAAACAGAAACUGUUGUUACAGAAAUGGUUACUGAAACAGAAGCUCCAGCACUUAAUAAAUGCCCUACGAAGUAUCCUAAAACAAAGAAGCACUUGGUCAGUGAAUGGUUAAGUGAAAAGAGUGAUAAAACAGGGAAGCCUACAGACAGUCUAUCAGAAAGGCCUCUGCGCAUAACUACCGACCCUGAAGUUCUGGCUACUCAACUGAAUUCUUUACCAGGUCUCACUUACAGUCCACAUGUAUAUUCAACUCCAAAGCACUAUAUUCGUUUUACUUCACCAUUCCUUUCAGAAAAGAGGAGGAAAAAAGAACCUGUGGAAAACAUUACUGGCUCUUGCAAGAAGCGUUGGUUGAAGCAGGCUUUGGAAGAAGAAAAUUCAACAAUGAUUGAUAGAUUUAAUUCACCGUCACAAGAGAGAUCUAGAAGUCCAGCCAUCAAUGGUGAAAAUAAAAGUCCUUUAUUACUGAAUGACAGCUGUUCCUUAACAGAUCUAACCACACCACUAAAAAAACGAAGACUGUAUCAGUUGUUGGAGUCUGCAUUCUCAGAAACCUCCACACCUACUCCUUCUCCGUAUGCCACACCAACUCAUGCUGACAUCACUGCCUCCGAACCAUCAUUGUUUGCUACUCCUCCUAGGGUAAAAACGGAAGAUGAAGCUUGUAGAAAUGGUUACAAACCUAUAUAUUCUCCAGUUACUCCUGUAACUCCAUGUAUACAUGGAAAUACCAUGCACUUUGAGAAUAUUUCCUCACCUGACAGUUCCCCAGAAAUAAAAAGGCGAGCUUACAGUCAAGAGGGAUAUGACAGAGCAUCGAUUCUAGCACUGAAUUCUUUCAGAAAUGCCAGCCUGACAGAAAUGGGCCUGCAGGAAAUAAAGACUAUUGGAUAUUCCAGUCCAAGGAAUAGGACUGAUGUCACACGGCAGUGCACUGGAGACAUGGAAUCUGUGUCAGACCUCCAGCUGGGACUCGAAGUAAUUGAGCAAAGUGCACUGCAUAAAAACCUGGAAGCCCCCACACAUGAUAGGACUGAUUCAAACAGCCAAUUAGAAACUGCUCACUGUGGACGGGGCACAAUUUAUUCUUCUUGGGUAAAAAGUCCCGACAGGACAGGUGUAAAUUUCUCAAUGAAUUCUAAUUUGAGGGACUUGACUCCUUCACAUCAGUUGGAGGUAGGAGGUGGAUUCAGAAUAAGCGAGUCAAAGUGCCUGAUUCAAGACGAUGCAAGAGGCAUGUUCAUGGAAGCAUCUGUUUUUUGUACUUCAGAAGAUGGGAUUGCAUCUGGCUUUGGAAGGACUGUCAAUAAUGACAACUUGAUGGAUGGAAAUUGCACACCCCAGAAUCCUCCACAAAAGAAAAAGGUAUCCUUAUUAGAAUACCGUAAGAGACAACGAGAAGCUAGAAAAAGUGGUUCAAAGACGGAAAACUUCCCCCUGGUUACUGUAUCUCCUCAUGCUGCUGGUGCGGGAAAUAUAAGUAGUAACAAUGGUGCUAACGAUGGGUAUAACAACAGUGGUGAAAAUGGGGAGCAAACUGAUAACGCUGCAAGCCUACCUUUACCACUGCCAACUACUGUUUAUAAUGCAGCUCCAGAAGACACUGGCAACAACUGUGCAAUGAAGGAAUCUUCUUCCAGUGAGAAGAAUGAACCAGAAGUUCAGUGGACUGCAUCAACCUCUGUGGAACAAGUGAGAGAACGAAGUUAUCAGAGAGCUUUGCUUCUCAGUGAUCAUAGGAAAGACAAGGACAGCGGGGGAGAAUCACCUUGUAGCCCAUGUCCACCGUCUCAUGUUCAGUCUCCACCAUCUCAUUCAAAUCUCAUUUCCCAGUUGCAGCUUAAGGUCCCUUCUUUCACUGAAUUUAUGGAAGAACCUGAUCCUGAAAAUCCGGAGCCUACUUCUGAAUGUCCGUCCCCAGAUACUUCACAAAGGAAUUGCAAAAGUCCGUCAAAAGCAAGCAAGCCCUCUUCGCCGAGCCCUGUAGUUUCAACACAGUCACUUGGGAAAACAUCCACAAAACCAGAUUCGCACUGGGAAACCACGGCUAACGCACCCGAGGCCGAAUGUGCGAAUCAUCCAAAAUCUGAGCUGCAACAAAAACAGCUGACAAACAACGUCCAAGCACUUUCAAAAAAUCAUCCAUCUCAACCACAUCUGCGCAGUUCUGCUGAGCAACUGUCACAUUCACAGAAGUUGCCUUCUGCACCUUUGAAGCUGCAUUGUCCCCCUUCGCCUCACGUAGAAAAUCCUCCCAAGUCCUCGACCCCUCACGCGCCCGUGCAGCACGGUUACCUUUCACCAAAGCCUCCCUCGCAGCCCUUGGGAUCUCCGUACAGACCUCAUCAUCCACAGUCACCUCAAGUUGGAACGCCCCAGAGGGAAACGCACCGAAACUUCUAUCCGGCAGCACCAGCCCUUCAGCCCAGUAAUCAGCAGCAGGCUGGCGGACCCCUCUUCACUCAAACAACUUCAGGACAAUCUUCAGCUUCUUACAGCCAGUUUAACCAACAAAGUUUGAACAGCAACGCACCACCUCCCCCGCCCCCCCCACCACCUUCCUCCACUUACUAUCAAAGCCAGCAGCCCUCCACAAACUUUCAGAGUUACAGUCAGCUGAAGGGCAGCAUACCCCAACAGACUGUGUUUUCAUCCGGACCAAAUCAAGCACUUCCCCCUGCUCCCGGACCUCACCUCGUACAGCAGCAAAGUACUCAUCAGCAGCACUCUGUAGCACACGUCGUCGGUCCAGUUCAUGCCGUGGCAGUAGCUCCUGGAUCACACAUUCAUUCUCAAGCUGCUGGUCACCAUUUGCCACCACCGCCUCCGCCGCCGGGUCCUCUACCCCACCACCAACCUCCCCAUCCUUCACCUGGUCACCAAGGUUUGCAAGCACAACACCAGCACGUUGUAAACUCGGCGCCUCCCCCCCCUCCGCCCCCGCCUUCCAACGUGAUGGGCUCGGGGCAUCACCCAGCCUCAGCACAAGGGUUACACCACCCCUCCCACCAAGGACCCCCCCAUUUCCCUUCAAACACUCACACGAGCGUCUCCUCCUAUUCCUCACAAGCCCCGCAUCACACGGCGUUAGGACCUGGACCUCAACAUCAGCCUGCUGGAACAGGACCUCAUUGUCCGCUCCCUGGUCAGGGUCCUCACAUCCAACCUCAAGGACCAAACAGCAUCGCCACACCUACCGCCACGGGGUUCUGCCCUCACCCCGGCUCCGUCGCCCUUCCCCACGGCGUGCAAGGCCCGCAGCAGGCCUCGCCGGUGCCCGGACAGAUCCCCAUCCACAGAGCACAGGUGCCGCCCACUUUUCAGAACAAUUACCAUGGUUCGGGGUGGCACUAAAAUGCAUCCCUCUAAUUCUAAACAUUUUUUAAAUGUUCUGUAAUAUAAACUGUGUAUAUUUCAUAUGUACCUGUUCAAGGUACUUUUUAAAGCUUGUACAUGAUACUUUGUAUAAAAGCAAACACCAGUGCUCUUUCAUUGUAUUCUUUCCAUUUUUUUGCUUUUUAAAAUUCCUGAAAAUGUGCUGUUAAGCCAGUAUUAGGUAUUUCUUUUUAUUUUGUAAGUGAACAUUCCAGCUGUUUUUUCUGGCAGUAGGUUUGAUGCUGCAUAAUCUUUAAAAUUUUAUUGUUGCAGUUAAAUUCAUUUAGUGAAUGUUUUCUAUAUUACUUUUAUACAUAUGUAAUUAAGUACACAGGCUAAGUGAUGGCACUAACAAUUUUUUUUUUUCAUUUUCUUCUGUCAACAGUUCUUCGUGUGCAUAGAGAUAGAAAACAAUGCAAUACAAAUUUUUAUAGUUUUGGUGUGGACAUGGCUUUCCGUUUCAUCAGUUAUUUGCGGAAAUUGUAAUUUAAUGUAUAGACUGUUUCUAAUGUCUGACGAGUGCUGUAAAUACUGUAUUUCUUUUGCUUGUAAAAUGGCUUAAAGCUUCUUUCAUUUGAUAUAGUAUUGUACAUAUAAGUCUCUUUUG